CGGUUUUAUCCCCAUGACCUCCCCGACGGGACCGCCUCUUAUAUCCCAUCAGCUUCUUCGUCUUUGUCCCCUGCAAAUCCACAGGCAGCGACGGUUAAAAGCAGAAUCCCCAACGAUUCUCCCUCUCCAUCCAUAACAAACUUACAUCUUGCACAAAUGAUGCAUUCGGCCACCGCUUAGCAAUCAGAAUGGAUGAGCAACCUGGUUCAAAUGCAGGCACCUCACAUGGAGCGGAUGGAACAGAUAAUGAGCAAGCUAAUUAAGCCCAAUCCGGCCCCUGCUCGACCUGCCCCCGCGUCAUUUCCCCUCUUGCCUGCCCCUCCUGCACCAGGGCAUGCACCGCAGUUCCCUCACCCGGCAAAUCCAACAGGAAAGGUCGAGUGUUUUAACUGCAAACAGCCCGGACAUUUUGCUCGAGACUGUCCGCAGCCGAAACGGAAUCAACCCCCACCAGCCGCGGCCCCUGUAGCUCUGAACCAAGGACGGGUGGCCGCACUGAUGGACACGGCCCAAGAAGGGAAAUUUGUUGCAUAUGAGCAACCCUCCCCCUCAACAGCAGUCGCUUCAACCUCGGGAGCUUCUUCAUCCUCCGACGCUGCUGACGUGGUCGAUCCGCUCGAGUACCUUCAUCUCGCGGGCAUGGUCGGAGCGAUCCGAUCGGCCCACGAUGAUCUUGAAUGGGUCGAUCGCGAAUCCAAUCCUGGUCCACAGUUUCGGACGGGAGAAAUCGAUGUAUUACGAGCGCUUAAGCAGUUGGAUAUUCGUGUUCCGAUCCCGGUAGGGCAUUUGCUCACAAUCUCUGAAGCUGCAAAUGAUAAACUUUUGGAACAAUGUCAGAAAAAUCAAAAGCGCUUCACGUACCAGCGAGUGCAGCGAAUGUUGAAGAAGAAGGAAGGAGGCGAGGAGGUUGCACCACCUGAACCUGAAACAGGCGAACCCGAACCAGCACGAGUAGCUGCGAUUUCGUUGGCCGAGAAGGAUCACUUCGUACGGGCUCGACCAGUGUUGUGGAAAAGCGCUGAGUGCGAUUGUGAAGUUUGGGGCAAACCAUUUAACGCCCUUAUCGAUACUGGGUCGUCCGCAGUAGCCAUAUCCUUAGACACAGUGACGUGGACGCGGACCAGUGAGCAUCCCGCGUGUCUCAAAAAUCUGGAAUUGCUGAUCAUACAAGCUUGGAGGAGUAACGUGGAGGGUGAUCUCCUCGGUUUUCUCUUCGGAUCGGUGCGGCCGGGACAUCGCCAACUAAUCGCUCAAGAGCUUAUCGCGCCGAUCGUACAACUGGCAUACGAUCUCUCCCCUGACAUCGUUUCGCAAAGUGACGACACCCCCACUCCACACGUACUCACGCGAACAUUGGAUCCGUAUCUUCUGUGGAGUGCAUGCUUGGAGGAGCCUGGGGAUGAAGACUAUCUACCGUCGCGGCAGGAGUAUCUGAAGCCAUACGACAUCAUCGCUCACGCUUUCUAUCCGAAGGAAGAGGAGGUGGUGAUAGAAGAGGAGGAAAGUGACGACGACGAGGAAACAUCGGAAGAAGGAAGCUAUAGCGAGUAUAGCGAGGGUGAGCAGAGCGAAGAAGAAGAAGAGGAAGAAGAAACCGGGUCCGAGUGGGAAGCCUUGCCGGAGGAAGCGGCGCGUACUGGCACGGAGGCGGAAGAUCCUAAGGCAGCACGGAAGCGGGAAGAAGCUGCCACAAGGAAACACUAGUUGGAGUUCGCCAGCGGAGGUGACGAUCCGACCAGGGAUCCAGAGCAGCCGAAGCCUGAAGAUGGCGACCCAGCAGCCGCCACCCCAAGCACCUCACGACGGA